CGCCAAAGGGAGUAGAACUUGUGGUAUAUGUUAUUUUACUUGAAUAAAAUGAACAAAUGAUUAAUCCUAAAUUACCAAAAUCCAUUAAGUGAUCAAAUUUCGUAUUUAUCAUAUAUAAAAUAUUUCAAGUGCAUGUUUUAAUUUUUAAAACGAUGUUGAACUUUAUUGAUACACAUAAAUACAUUUAUAUUAUGGAAUAAAAUGUGCCAAUGUUCAAAACUUUGAAAUUGCAGUGAACUUCAAAAAAGAAACCAGAAUAAAAUAUUAAUUAUCAAAAGGGCUAAUGCCAUUCCAUCAUCAGUUAAUCUCAGCAGUUAAAUAUCAGAAGAAAUUGGGCCUUUUAACAGUUAAUACAUGUGCUAUCUUGAUUUCAUUAUUUAAAGUUUUGAAUGUUGACUCUUUUCUUUCCAAAUUACAAAUACAUUAUUAAAUCCUGAUCUGAAUUUUUCAUAUAAUGCUUCAACACGUAAAGAAGAACUUACAAGACUUGCUGACACAUGUGUAGAAAUACUUUGUGGAAAUGACUUGGGGUUAAGAAAAUUGUAUAAAUUACAGGAAGUAUUUCAUAAAGAAUACAGUUCUGAUGAACAUAUAGUAAAAGAAUAUGAAAGCUUGAAACGUAUGUAUAUUGAACCAUUGGUUAAAAAAAUAAUUACUUCAGAACCAGUAGAAAAUGAUAAAAUGAGUGAUGUCUACAAGCUGAUUGUCAUAUAUGCAAUGCUAUUGACAGGAAUGGGAGACCCAAGAGAAAUAGAAAUGUUCCAAGAAUGUCAAGAAGUGUUAGGGAGUAUAUUUUCAUUCACUGAUCUAACGAAAAUGUUUAUGGCUGAAACAUCAGAAAAAAGGAAAAUACUAUCAGAAGUGGCAUGUGUGACAGCUGGUGUCUUAUUGUAUAAUAAAAUUAAAAACAGAGGUGGUCUAGGAGUUGAAAAUUAUCCGUGUAUCCUUGGUGACUCCCUUGAUUCUCUAGCAUCCAUUCUUCUUAUACAUGUUCAACAUGCUCAGGAAGCAGCAAUGGCUGCCAAUAAGCUAGUAACAGAUCGCAUUUAUUGGUGUGGAACAAAGGAAGGAUUAGAAACUUUAGUUUUUGACAAACCUGUAAAACUGAGUGAUGAAGAAUUCACAUACGCAUUCUGGAUGUCACUAAUACAACAACAAGUUGUUUCAUAUAUGAGGCGACUAUACUUUAAUGUUAGACACUAUGCUGAUAUGAUAGAAUCUUGGCAAGAAGAAUUUUUACAAUGUGCGCAAAAAAUUGAUGAAGCAGUGAGCUUCAGAAUAGCUGUUCCUACGAGAGUUAUUUAUCCUCUUUUUAUGGAACUGUAUGAUAAAUGGAAAAUAUUUUACAUGGGAAUUGUAAUCGUCAGUGUCUAUGAAAAAGUUUUGAGCUAUAUCAGUGAUUUCCUGAUUUUUGAUGAUAUUCCUGAAAAUGUGGAAGAUAUGUUGAUAAAAAUUGAAAAGAAAGCAAAUUUAUUAGAAGAUUGGUUCAACGUUCAAGAGAAAUGUAAUAUACCUGAAGAUGAGUUUCAAAAAUUGUUAACACGAAUAAGAAUAUCGAAAUUGGAGCAAGAUCUUAACAGACCAGAACCAUAUGAAUCUGAUGAUGAGGAGAUAGUUGAAAUGAUUGAUUCUGAAAAAGUAAAUUGCAAAGUAGUGUACCCAAAAAAGAGAGAAAUAAACAAUUACAACAUAAUGUUCGCAGGCUUUGAUCCAGUAUAUUUGAUUGAAAGUAAUGGUGUUAUUGUGGAUAUUGCUGCAGAGAUUGGUCUUCUUGUACACGAUAAUCGAUAUUUUGGAUUUAGGGAUAUUAAAUCAGCCUAUAGGUUUGGAGAAGAUCCUGACAAGUAUAUUGCUAAAGUGAUAAAUUUUGUAAGAAGGCAUCCUCAUUAUAUUGACAUGCUUCAACUUAGAGAAUUUAUGGAUAAAUUUCAGGGAAAAAAAGCAUUCAAGGAAAACAUUUGUUCAUCAAAACCAAUUGCAGAUAAGGAAAUACAGACUGAAAUUCAUCCAAUUCCAUCUUAUAUCGAUAAAAAUUAUAUCCAUAGUAUUUGGCAGGCCAGAGCCAAUUACUGCCUGAUGACAACCAUUUCAACAAAAAAGACAAAGAGCGUCCAAACAAUACUGUCUUAUAUGAAAACAUCAAUUCCUAAUCAGACUUAUCCCUUGAAAGAGCGAGAACAGCAGACGAUGCAGGACAAUUGGGCAAACACACCAAUGCCAAUAGUGUUCCGCUAUGGUCUACGAGGGCAAAAGAAUCCUGACUAUCAUGAGGUUUCACUAACUAUGCCAUUGGAAGAACCUCAUCAGCGAAUAGUUAUACCAUCAUUAAACCUUCCGGAGAAGGAAGUAAGUGCCCAAACAGAACAGUAUGUAUAUUUUGAUACCUGCCUUAAGGUGAAAAUCGAACCACAUCCUCUCAUGUUUUAUACUUGGUGA